AUGCACUCCAAGCUCGUCAUCAUUGGCUCCGGCCCCGCCGGCCACACCGCCGCCAUUUACGCUGCCCGCGCAGACCUCAAGCCUGUUCUCUACGAGGGUUUCCUUGCUCUUGGCAUUGCCGCCGGCGGUCAAUUGACCACUACCGAUGAGGUCGAAAACUACCCUGGCUUCAAGAUGAUCCAGGGCUCUACGCUCAUGGACCAAAUGCGCGCUCAGUCCGAAUCCUGCGGAACCGAGAUCAUCUCUCAGACGGUCGCCAAAGUCGACCUGAAGUCUCGCCCUUUCAAGUACUGGCUUCACCCUAUGGGCGACGAUGAGAGUGUCGAGGAUGAGGAGCACACCGCCGAUGCCAUUAUCAUCGCCACUGGCGCCAAAGCGCGGAGGAUGGGUCUUACCGGCGAGGAGAAGUACUGGGGCUAUGGUGUCAGCGCGUGCGCCGUCUGCGAUGGCUCUCUUCCCAUGUUCCGCAACCAGCCCCUUGUCGUUAUUGGUGGUGGUGACUCGGCCGUCGAGGAGGCCAUUUACCUGACGAAGAAGGCCUCGAAGGUCUACGUGCUCGUGCGUAGGGACCAGCUUCGCGCAUCCAAGUCAAACGCGCGCAGGCUCGAGACGAACCCCAAGAUUGAGAUCAGGUACAACACCUCGGCCAAGGAAAUCAAGGGCGAGGAGAAGAACGGUGGCCUCAUGACGCAUCUUCUUGUGAAGAACAACGCGAGCGGCAGCGAGGAGACUAUCGAGGCCAAGGGUCUGUUCUAUGCCAUUGGCCACGACCCUGCGACCACCCUCUUCAAGGGCCAACUCAACAUGGACGAGGACGGCUACCUCAUCACCGAGCCCGGCCGGGGCCUCACUAGCGUCGAGGGUGUUUUUGCUGCUGGUGACGUCCAGGACAAGCGCUACAGGCAAGCCAUCACGAGUGCUGGCUCUGGUUGCGUUGCCGCGCUUGAGGCCGAGAAAUUCCUCGCUGAGCAAGAUACCGAGGUCGACAACAAGCUCGAAACCGAGAACCAGGCCGAGAAAUCGCAGGCCAGCGGUGUCGUGCCAGAGUACCGCUCGAACCCCCAGUUGUAA